CUCCCAACAUGAAAUCAUACAAUACAAUUAAUUCACUUUGUCUAUUACUUGUCAUACUUGGGUGUCUUAAGUUUCAAAUUGUAUAAGUUUUAAUAAAAUUUUUAAUAAUUUUUCAAGAUGGGUGAGAAACCUGACGCGACAAUUAUUGGUGGUAUUUUGGGAAAGAUUUCAAUUUCGGAUACAACCUCUAAAAGCUGUGAGGAGCCACAUUCAUUUGCUAUAGCACCAAGUUUGCGUGAUGAUAUCUAUUACAACAUGAAUUUCAAAAAACGAGGAAUGGCAUUAAUAUUUAGCCAUGAAAAAUUUGGAUUACCGGGUGUACCAGAAAGAUCUGAAACAAAACUUGAUUUAAUAAAGUUGGAAGAACGCUUAACAGCAUUGGGUUUUGAUGUGGAUGUAUACAUUGAUAAAUGUGUUAGAGAUAUCGAAGAUAAACUUUUCGAAGUUGCAACUAGUGACCAUUCCAAUAACGAUUGUUUAUUAGUCGUUAUAAUGACUCAUGGAAGAUACGGAAUUCUAACUGCAUACGACGGUGAAUAUAGAUUUGAAAAUGUAUGGAACCAUUUCACAGCUGAUAAAUGCCCAACACUAGCCGGGAAACCGAAAAUAUUUAUCACACAGGCUUGUCAAGGGGACAGCGGUCAAGAAGGGAUUGAACUGAGACCUGCAGAUGACCCUGAACAUGAUGCAGCUCUUGUAAGCUACAAAAUUCCUACUCAUGCAGAUUUUUUGUUUGCUCAUUCGACAAUUAAAGAUCAUUUUGCUUUCAGAAGAUCAAAUUAUGGAUCUUGGUACAUUCAAGCAUUAUGUAAAGAGUUAGACUUACAUGGAAAAACUCUAGAUUUUGUUUCGUUAUUAACGAUUGUUCAAAGACGUGUGGCAAUAGAAUUCGAAACUAAAAGUUCUUGUAAAACUCUCAAUGAGAAGAAGCAAAUACCUUGUUUUGUGUCACUACUAACUCGUUUAAUUAAAUUCGCUGAUAAAAACUAGAGUAUAUACAAAAAUAAAGAGAAAUUCACCCGCGGAAGCGUGUAAAACGCAUUGAAUGACCAUAACUCAUACCUAUGGAGGGUAGAGGUAAGGAGGACAAUCUAAAAUAGGAUUGAUGUGACUUCUAUAUCCUUCUCUAACAACUUGUUCAGAUCUUUACCUUACUCUUAUUACAUUUUUUUAAACUUACACUUUUACUAGAGCACCGCCAUCGAUUUUCUGCUUUCUGCGUGGAGAAUUUGUAUACACAGAGAUGAAUCUCCUUAUCUCUACCCUCCAUCGUCAUACCGCAGAAACAAUCACUUUUCGAUUCUGAGCACGUGUUGAUGAAAAACUCACGUUAAUUGUUUUGGUACCAAAUUAUUUCGAUAUUCGAUAAUUCAAUUCAAAGCAAUUUUUUUUAAAAAUACAAAUGUUGUACAGAACAUGUUAUAAAAUGGGAUAGGGAAAAUGAAAGGAAGGGGCAGGUAUUGCAGUUGCCCGGAUUUAUCGGACACUUCGUUUAAAGUCGGUCAAAUUCAUUUUUAAUUUAGUUAUCACUUCGUUAAUACCCUGUUUUACCCUACUCGAUUUCAAUUUAACCAAUUAAGAUAUCAAUUGAACCAUAGAAAAAAAUCAACAUUUGAUGUUAUUUGCUUUAGAC